CAUUUGUCAUUGGAAAUUUAAUCCAUGGACGCAGUAGAGGUUUGUUCGCGUCGCACACUCCAACAUGCUCCUAUUUGCCCCAAUGUGUUCCAAUCCGUUUGCAUCACCGGAAACUAUAUGGCGACCAAGCGUUCGCGUCGCAUUGGAGCAUUCCUCAAGGAGCAAGUAGGAGUGUGAUCCAUUUACCCCAGCUUCGGAGGUGGUGCAGUUUGGGCAGAAACAGUUUUGUCAUGAGCGCAUGCGCAAUCAUUAGUUUACUUUUGCGAAGAAGAAUGCAAAAAAAAUAUGAAGAACAUGAGAAAAAGUUUCAAAAACGGAAAUAUCAAAAUAAGGAGGCUAUGUUUCAAGCGUUAGCAGAGUCGUUCCAAAAGAAAGGUUAUAUAAAUGCUACCAAAAAUCAUAUGAAAAAUAAAUUUAAAUUAUUGAAGAAGAAAUGGGAUAUACAUAUUAAACGGACCACUGGAAAAAAUAGCUCUGGAAAAGGCACAAAACCUCUUCCAUAUGAAGAAGAAAUGAUAAAAAUAUUUGGAAAAAGUCAUAAUGGAGUGCCACUUAUUGUAGCUAGCCGUAAUGGAAUUAUUUCUCAAAAAGAAAUUUUGCAAAACGUCUGUCAAAAUUUAAAUGAGAAUGAAGAGCAACAAGAGCAGAUUUCUUCUGUACUACAUUCACCGAAUCCCGUAACUGUAGGUACCAAUUUAAAUCUCUUGUCAUCGAGAAACAAUUCGUCACCAACAAGGAGCAAUGUUUCAGUUCUGACAUUAUCGACUAAUAGCAGCAGAUCAUCAAUGACGGGUAGCAGCUGCUCCUCUUUAACAAAUACAAGAGUAAAAGUACGAGAUGGCAAAUUGGCGCUUACUUUGCAAUCAGUCAAAGAAUCCAUUUGUGCCGUAUUACAAAAAGAAAGUAAUGAUAAACAAGAAAUACGCACAAAAUUUCUGACAGAGCUUCAAAAAUUUAACGAAUUGCAAAAAGAACGAAAUAUCAUUCUGCAAAAACAACUUAUGGUACUUGAAAAUUUGGCCAAAAAGAUAAAUCCAACAGAGAAAUUAUUAUUACAUGACUGAAAACAUUGAAAUAAUUGUUAGAUAUAAACAUAUAUUUUAUUUGACCAUAUUUAAAACAAUGUUGGUUAUGUUUUUAGUUUUUGAUUAAAUAUAAAUAUUUAAUUUCUCAAAUUUUUAUUUAUUUGUUUUCUGUUAAUUUUAAUGGAUAGCACGAUAAGACUUCGUAUUAAACUUCUCGAGAAGUCAAAGUUAAGUUUACUCGAUUGAGUUUUUUUGCAUAAUAAAGCAGUAUUAUUUCAAAUCAGUUGCUGAUAAAGGAUAAAAACUAUUAAAAUUUCUUUUAAUCAUCAGUCAUUUUUAGUCAGUUUAGUCAGUUUAUUGAAAUAUUACACAC